ACCAUACGGACGACUGCCUUGGAGUUGGCGAAAAAUAAUGUGAAAUAAACCUUCGGAUUUAAUGAUACAUUUGUGGUUUCGGCAGUAACGGCGGUUUACAUUGAAUUUUACAAAUCUCAACAUAAAUUAUGCGAACAUCAGCACGCAUCAUACAGGUCGACGAAAAUGAAAAAUUGAAAUUACUGGAAAAGUACCAGCAGUGCCAGUGUGAAAUUGUGCAGACGUCGCCGGGUCGUUGCAAAACACCUAGUUAGGUGUACAAACUCCGUUCAGGCCGGUCGAAAAAAAAGUUCGCGAGUACAAAGUUUGCAUAUGCACAGUACCUGCUAUACAUCAGUCAGUGCUUGAUCCGAGCCGCAGCCGCGUCGAGGUGCGGGAAAUUCCCAAGAGAAGUGAAGAGUGAGUGUAAAGAUUUCAAAAUAUUUUCCCGCCAUCGGAAAGAUUUAAUUGAAAUAGAUUUCAUUCCGGUCUGGUGGCGGUGGGGCUGGCGUUGAUGCGUUUCCACGAGACACGCGGCGGUUCGUGUCGCAUCGACUUGUCAUGACGGGCUGAAGAAAUACGGAGAACUGGCCGCCCCGUGCCGGUCGGAACGAACGCGGCGGCAGCUCGCCUCAACAAAGACCGCGCGCGGGCCCGCGUUGAUGCAGCCAGUGAGUGGUUUACAAAGAAGUCAGAAGUGGAAGCAAGAAGAUUAAGAAAUCAAAGCUGACGAAAGUGAAGUGAGAUCACCGCGACGGUGGUGGUGUUGUUCAGGAGAAGGAAACAAAAAAAAGGUUCAAGAGCACCAAUAUAUCUGGGAUACAGUUGAAGGAAGUCGAAGGAAGGAAAUCGAAGAGAGCAAAGAUUGAUGAUAAAGAGUGAAUAAUAAAAAAAGAAGGUGAUGAUUAUGAUUGAAUGUCAUGUGGAGGAGUGAAACGAAAUGGAAUAAUCAGCGAAGCCAAAUGAGCCUGAUUAGUGAGUGAUAGGAGCAGCAGCAGCAGCACGAAGCGAGACUUAGGCUGGCAAAACGAGAAACGAGCAAAGUCGCGAUCACCGAACGAACUCAACCUGUGGGCUGACCCGAGAAAGCCUCCUUCUCCUAAAUGGGAGUCAACUGUACGAUAGUUCCAGGAUUCACGAAUUCGACGAGUGGAAUUUGUGAGAUCGCAACCUGGGAAGAUGCGUUGGAAAUAUGACCAACCAAUUUGAUCCACACGAAGUGGCACGCGAUAUGCGAGCGGCCCUACCGCCGCCACCGCCGUCGAGUAACUGCCAGAAAUUCACCGAAGGAGCACAACAACGAUGGAACAGGGCAAUACCAGAGGCGGACUACAUCCAACUGGGCACGUUGCGCUACGGCGUACGCCUGUCCAAUCCGAAUCUGCUCAACCUGGGCGCACCGCCGAACGCCGCCCACGAAGUGAAUGGUGGAAGCAACGGCGUCAAACAGCACUCCCAGACGCCGCCAACCGGAAGCACAGUGCCGCCGAGUGUGGGAGGAGGCGCCAGCAGCAGCGGCAAUAGUAGUAACAGCGUUGGCUCGAACAAAAGUUGCUGCUGCAUCGGUUCCGGCGGAGAGAUUGAGAUGCCCUGGAACAGCAGCUACGCAAGAACUCGCUUACCUGUGCCAAAUAGUUUGUCUAAGAAUAGAAAAUCGUCGCCCUCAACAUCGGCAUCAUCAUCGUCUUCUUCGUCAUCCGCGCAUCAGCGACUGCAUCAAGCUCAGAUCUCGAUCGGUCCACAACAAGGAAUCAGAGGAAAGUUACAGUACAAUAACGGAUUACCAGCGUCGUCGAUUCCCCCAGCAAACAAGCGUACUAAUAACAACAGUACUGGUAGUACUGCAAGUGUAGAUAAACAGAAUACCAAUCGCGAGACCUCGCCAGCAUCCACCACAACUGUUUGUUGUUACAGUAACAACUUUGGCAGUGCUUCCAACAAAAAUGCUAAGAAUAAUAAUCUAGUUAAAGUGAGCAACAAGUACUCGGAUAGCAAAAGACUGAAAAUAGUGAAUAAUAAGGGCGAGUACAAGGGUACGACAGCACAGGAAGAUAAUGACCGUCGAACUACGAGUGCAAAUCGGAAUGGUAACUCGCGAAAUCUGAACGAAAAAUGGUCGGGUAGUUUCGAGUAUGGCGCCGCCGUCAGCAACGCACAGGAGCAGCGAAACUUUUCAUCGUUGGUCUGCAGCAGUCGGAAAGAUGCUCACAGGGGCAGCGUCGAAGGCGUCGUGAAGCAAAACGAUGGUGAUGAUUUAAAUUUAAACUUCAGAGACGCACAGCAGUCAAAAGAGCCGCGUUUAAAAGAUGUGAACAUAAAUAAUUUCAAGAGAAAGAAUAUUUCGUCCGAUGUGUAUUUUGGACCAAAUUCAAGUGUAGGUCGUACGAGAAAUAAUAACGAGAAUAAUAUUAGGAAUAAUACCACCACCGGCGUGGCUGGUGAUAUUUGUACGGACGAGUUGUCCUCAUCGCCGUCGUUGUCGCCUAGGUCACCAUCACCGCUGCCAUUACCACCACCAUCAGUAGUGGAACCGUGGUUGUUUGAUGAGUGUGUGCGGCAAACACCACCAAUUACGCCAGCUUCACCACAUUUGAGUGCACUUAGUCAGAACAACAACACUCAGCGUGACACGGGCCCACCAUCGACUGAUUUUCCACCAAAGAACUCAUUGCAACGGCCGUUCAGUGAUCCAGAAAGCGCCGGACUGUACUACGAGGAUCGCAACGGUAACUCGGAACAACGAAAAUGUUCGCUACCAGUCAUCAGCCGUACCGCAAGUAUCGACAAGUCGCAACUCCAACGGAAGUUUUCCGCUGACAAUUCCCGCGUGAAAAGCAACCCUCCGCCAGAUGGUGCGAUAAUUUGCCAUUUUACACCGAAACUACAGUCCACCGAUCGAACUGACGCACAAACCCGCUUGCAGUCCUUGAGCAGGUAUUGUGCGAAGAAUUUGGAUCCCAAACCAGGCCCAAACAUCGCGGAAGAAGCUGCUCUGGAAGAUUUCAUUUUCAUCGACUCGUCGGACAUUUCAACGACUAGCGAAGAUAUUAUAACUGUGAUCAACGAGGAAGAUUAUCACGAUUUUCAUAAGUUUCCAUCAGUACCGAAAAUUGAAUGUGCCUUGGUGGAAAACUUGUACCAGAGUGUUUGUGAUAGUCGCCGAAUACCCAACAGUUGCUCGUCCGACGAGCUCAGCAGUGUGUGUAGUGGCAGUGAGUCGGCACCAACGUUAGCAGCAGCCGGGUCCGGCGAUGAUGCAAAACGAAAUUUUAAUACGAUCAAGUACAAACAGCACGAUGUAGUGAAGAUUCCUUCAUGCUAUGACGGAAAUCAAACCAAUCGCAGUGCAACUCCAACCAAUAGUGAACAGCAGUAUGUAACCGCCAGUGAUAGUAACAACAAUAACCGACGCACUAGAAGUGCGGGCGAAGAGCUUAAAUAUAAUUCAUCUAAUAAUAGCCACGGGAAUAAGGACGUAUCAGGUGGUGAAACGAAGACGAUCUCAAACAACCGAAACUCGACACAGCUGAAAUUCAACAAUCUAUCGCCGGACAAUUCCUCGAGCAGUUUGAAUUGUUUUGGAAAAAGCCAGCUGUAUGCGAAAUCAUCAACGGAAAAGUUGAUAAUGGAAAAACGCAGCAAUACGCUGGACCGACUGCAGAAAUUAGUGAAGAAGACAACAUCUGGAUCAAGCGAGGGUAAAUCAGGUGACAAGCAUGCAAGUACAAAAACCGAACGACUACGCGAAUUGACGGAACUGCUGAAAGGCACACGAGCGCCUCCAGUGCCACCUCCUCGACGGCCAAAGCAUUCGCAAAGCGUUGAUAAAACAUUCGAACGACCAAACGCAGCUUCUUCUACGAAAAGCCUCUUAAAUAUCGACGCACUUCACAAUGAGGAUUCUUGCAGUAAUCUGUUGAAGAGCAAAGAGUCUCGAUCAAUUGAUAUUCCUUAUCAAUUUGCGGAUAGCAAGCGAGCUUCAACUCCUAGUUCUCCCUCGUGUGAGCACAAGGCCGGACUUCGAGCUAAUGUUAGCACGUCAAACUUGGAGUGUCUUCAAAGUACAUCAGCCAAGGACACAGCUAUUGACGAAACAAAAUCUGAAACAUCCUUUAAGGGUGAAGAUGAAAUAUUUGUCAAGUUGUCCAGACCUGAAUCGAGGACAAUUGUUGGUUCCUAUACGCAGAAAACGAUACCGUUUCGAAGUGCAUCCUUCUCUCAGGUUGACUACUCCUCCGGCAAGUACAUCCGGUCUGCUUUGGGUGCAAUCAAGAACAGCUUGAUGCGCAACAAAGAAAGCUCAGUCAUAGAUAACGUUACGUUACCGAGAAACAAAAAAGACUGCAGAAGCUGUAGUCCAGCUCAGUUUUCAACCACUUCAGAACCAGGUCCCUCAACCGAUGAUAGUGAAGCAUCGAAAGUGUCGCUCAAGAAAACAGAAAUAAGUAUCAAUCUAGCGCCACCUGACAGCUACGACCGGUGUGAAGGGUUAGAAGGGAAAGAGCUAUCAUCGAAUAGAAAUUCCGACAUAGAGACCAUUGUGGAAGAUCCAGAAGCGGAACACAUCGAAACAGUUGAAAAUGAGCUGAUUCAAAAAAGAGCAACAAUCAAUGUUGUACAAGCUUCCGAAAUGGUUUUGGAACCAUUGGUUGAAGAAGGUGUACCAAUCAUACCACAAACUUUGACAAAGGACGAAGAGUGCUUGCAACAAGCUACAACGUGUUUGAUUCCGGUUCCAGUUUUUGACUGCGUCGUUAGUGAGUGGAGUACAGCUCGGCCCUCGGAACAAUGGAUAGAUGCCUCGAUGACGGAAUGCACUAACAAACUAACAGAAUGUUUAGACAGUAUUACAGAAUCUAAUGAAAAAGUUGUACUAGAAGAAGAAUCGGGUGAAGAAAUAACUGAUACUUUGGUUAUUGAAAAUCCACCCGAGAUUAUGGAACCCGAGGUAUUGAAAUUGGAGUGUGUGACUGAAGUUGAGGAGGGAAUUCUGGAACCACCAAAAGGUAGUUCAGCAGAUUUAUCCGAUACGUACGACGACAAUAUCAUGUGUACUCCACCUGUUUCGAUUAUUUGCACCGAGCCUGAUAGUUUGGUAGGCACUACCAUUAUCGAGACACCCCCAACUCCAGACGAAUCGAUCUUUAAACAUGAAACAGCAGAUAUUGAGGUCGUUGAAGUACGCAAACGACACAGUAACAAUGAGGAAAGUGGUGAAACGCUCAGUAGUGGGAAUAGUGAAGUUGAAGAAAAACGAAGGAUAGAUAAGUCGAAACGUCGGAAAGGUAUUUACAUUCAGUGGCCAGCAAUAGAUACAAACAUUGACCCUGAAUCUGAUUCCAACGACAAUUGUCAGCCAGAUGAUAAUUGGCGCCCUAAAAAGCUAACAAUCAAACAGGAUUCAAGCGUUGAUUUGAGCGGGGAAAGCUUCACAGAUCUGAGCUCAAAGGAAAUAACAUCAUCUCCAGAAAAAUCCAAAGAUUGUGACAUCCUGAACCGUGGUGACCCUUUUAUGUUAGAGCCAAACACGCCUGAUUCUGAUAUUACCAAGCCAUUUUGGCCCAAGGGUCACCGUCGCCAGAGCCUGACAUAUCAAAGUUCUGACGAAAAGGAGGAUUCUGCUGUGCUGUCGGCCAUUCCGGUACGAUCGUUCAAAAACAUCUUUCUACGAUCGGAUUCCGUUUCUGACAACGAGAGUGACCGUGCAUCUUCUAGAGAUCGCACAAGUGCUUCGCCAGCGCCAAGUGGAGAACUCGAUCUGAAACGAUACUCCAAGAGACCACUACGAGGUCCUUACGGGCAAAUGCUGGAAGCGGAAAUGAAGAAACCCUCCAAAGUGCACUACAACGAGAUUCUGGAAGAGCUUAGCCGGCACGAGAGUUCACACUCAUUCCCGUCGUUCAACAGAGGUCGAGGCAGUGGCAGUCAAUCUAUGGACGAGACCAACGAUCGUCAUUCCAGUAAACUUUUCAAACCAAGAAAAACCAACACCAAUCUUCCGCUUCCAUCGCACAGUAGGACGGCGUCAAGUCCGUCGAAGCUGGCAGAAUUGGGCAUUCCAGACAGCACGCCACAAACGAGUCCUUCGAAGCGUCAUCUUGGCCACAUCGAACAACGAAGCACAGAUUCCGAUAAAUCCGAAAAAGCAACGAACAAGUUGGAGACGAAAAAGUUUUCGCUCGACAGUCACCUCUCGGACAGUCACGAUAAGCACGCCAAACGUAACUCAUCGGGCGCGAGUGACAAACAUCCAAAGCGAAGCCUGGAUGAUACCCGGCUUGCCCAACCCAGCCGGACACCAUCGGAGCGAAGCUUUGUGCUGAACACGCCAGACACGCCGAAGGGUCUGGUAGCUUCUCCGGAAUUGUUGGCCGAAUUGCUCAAAGGGUCUAGUGAGAAACUAGUGACGGAACAACUAACAGGCGCCACGAGUCCGACCAACGGAAGUAACGCCCUGCCGACUGCGGUGCUCAAAUGUUUGGACACAAGAACGCACGUCGUAGUUGAAUUGUUCAAUACCGAAAAAUCGUACGUAGAAUCUCUGCAGACUAUUGUUCUGAAAUAUCUGAACCAACUGAAGUCCUCGGAAAAUGCCGGUCUGGUCGACAACCAAACCGUAGACGAGAUAUUUUUCAUGGUGCCAGCGAUCCUGAACAUUCACGAGCGAUUUUUAGAGGAGCUUCGCCGACGAUUGGACGCUUGGGAUCCGUUGCAGAAAAUUGGCGACGCGUUUGUCGACGUAUUUUCCAGACCUGUGAUCCUCGAUACGUACACCUCGUUCGUGAACAACUGGAACCGAGCAAAGGACGCGAUACGCACAACUCGUCAAAAAUGUCCAGCAUUUGCGAGAUUUCUCGAAGCGAUGGCACGCGAGCACAAGGGUAAACUGUCUCUGGACAAUUUGCUCAUCAAACCUGUACAAAAAUUUCCAAAUUAUGAGUUAAUAUUAUCAAGACUGAUUAAACACACCGAUAUUGAUCAUCCCGAUCAGAAGCCAUUACAGGAAGCUUUAAAAUUAGUGCACGACAUUCUGAUGUUUCUAAACUGCAAGGAAAAGGAAGCGCUCGAGAACGGGCAGCGCGAAACGGCCCUGCGUGAGCUGGAGGGUGUGAUCGAGGGGAUGAGCGACCUGGUGACCCCGGAGCGCGCCUUCCUGCUGUUCGACCUGGUUUCGAUGCCUUCCGGACAGACGCGCAAAGAGCGCGGCUUCUUCCUCUUCAACGACUUACUAGUCAUUACCAGUAUUAAGCGACGCAGCGGAACCAUCAGAAAAACGAACAUGACAUGCCCAGGAAGUGUGGCGUCAACCUUGGACACCAACAAGUAUAAGUUCUUAACCAAAAUUUCAUUAGACGAUUUGGAAAUAGUGAAAUCAAAAGACGAAAACAUUCGACGCAUCAUGAAGGAGAUUGAACAUCUCUCCGACGAUUCCAACAAGCUGUCGCAGAUAUCUGAGCUGGCUGCAAGUUUGAGAUGUCCCCAUCAGCUGCUUGAGGAAGCGAUUCGAGACUUGCAGCGGGAGGUGCAGCGACAGCUAUCGGAACGACAGACUAACGAUACCCAGCUGAACAUCCUGGAGUUGACGUUGAGCACAUCCAACGGAAUCCAGAACAUGACGGUGGUCUUUUCGAAACCCGACAAGCGUUCCCAAUGGGAGGAGGCCUUCGCAGAGGCCAAGCAGAAGCUCGCCAGUGCCAUCGAGCGCAGCCAUGUUCCGGACUUUCUGGUGUCGGUGCCGAUCCGGAAAACUCGUGCCGGUUUACAGUUCACUUGUGCCUCACCCACGCUGGGCGUUCAGCGUGACGUUUGGGUUUGUAACAGCGACGGUUACGUCGGCCAGGUUUGCGUGCUAAGUCUGGUGCCGGAACCGACCGUGACCAGCUGUAACGGCGUGUGUAACGCCCGUAUCCUGUGCGUAGCGUCCGUUCCUGCCUCUGAUGAUGGCCACCACACUGGUAUCAACAUUUCCGUGCAAGAUCCGUCGGCGUCGCUGGCAAACACCAUAAACUCAAUAGUCAAUUCGACGUCAAAGUCACGCGAGAAACGACCCUCGAAAACGGCCGAAGAAGCGAACAAGAGCAGCGCGAGAAACUCGACCGACAUACAGCUCGACUCGGGCAGCUCCAGUGAAGAUUCGGAGACGGAAAGUCAACCGGAGCGAGCGGCAAGUCCGUCCCAGCUGGUAGCGGCAAGUGCUCCCUCACCGGCGGCGGUACCGAUGGCCGGGGUUCAUCGCCAUCAGGAGUCCAACUCGGAAGAAACGGACGUGCAGCAGUCGACCAUGUGGCUUGGCACCGAGGACGGUUGCAUCCACGUGUACAACUGCACCGAUAACAUCCGCAUCAAGAAGAACAAGAUCAAAAUCUCCCACAUAAGUGCUGUCUACUCCAUUCUGUAUUUGAGCAACAAAGUGUUUGUUUCACUGGCAAACGGUGAUGUUUGCGUAUACUCGAGAGAUCACAAUGGUUGGAACACGGCGAACCCAACUACGAUAUCCGUAGGAACAGUCUCGAGUCCGGUGACCAAAUUGCUGAACGUGCACGACAAGCUUUGGUGCGCAAUUCAGGGCUGCAUAAAAAUACUGAACACCACAACAUUGCAGAUCGACAGCCAAAUCCAGAUAUCCAAUGAUUCAAAACCAAUCACGAACAUGGCGAUCAUGAACGAUUACGUCUGGAUAUCGGUGCAAAAUUCAGCACACCUCAAGUGUUGCCACUACGAAAGCUUUGAAAUAAUUUUCGAAGUAAACCUGGCACCUUCGGUGAACAAAAUGCUCUCCAACUGUGAUGACAUCAUUCGGCAGCACAAAGCGGCCUGUCUGCGAGUAACUUCGCUGCUCUCGUGCAAGGAUUUGAUCUGGGUGGGAACCAGCGCCGGCGUGCUGUUGACGAUCGCGGCCUCCACCGUCUGCAAGGGUUCCUCGAUUCCGGCCGUCACGGGAAUUCCCCACGGCCACACCGGGCACGUGCGAUUCCUGACGUUUGUGGAAUCGCCAACCGCGGGAAGCACGGACGAUCUGUCCAAAGUGGGUAGCAACAGCACCAAGAAGUCGGAUGCCGCGUCCACCAACAAUCCUAGCCCGAACUUGCUGGUAAUUUCCGGUGGCGAUGGAUACGAAGACUUUAGGAGCUCCGGGAGCAACAGCGUGAGCGAGAUUGCCGGCCGGGAAGACAGCACAAACCAUUUGCUUCUUUGGCAGGUCUAAUUUGUUAGUUUUGUUUUUAAUUUUAAUUCAGUGCCGCGUUUUUUUUUUUCUCUCGAAAUUGUAUUGGCAAGCUGGACUUGCUAGUUGUAUUAUUUUGCUUUUACAAAGUCACACUCAGAACAUUCGUUUGCAAAACAAGUUAAUUUAUUUUGUAAAUGUAUGACAAUAAAAGCAUGAAAUGUGGCAACAAUUCCAAAGCAGACAUAAUUUUCUAAACAAAACAAUAAUUAUACGGCUUUUUGGCAUUCAAAAACUGCUAGAAUAUUUGUAUUCAAAUAGGUACAUACAUUUGUUACGUAGAAAUAGCAAAAGCAUGAAUUUUUAACUGGCCUAAAUCAUGUUGAAACAUUGUCCUGGAUACAGAUAUAUGAAACGGUUUCAAUACCCACAUUGCUGUACAUUUUUGGUUGAUUUCUCAUCGAUUUCGUUCAUUUUAGUCCUAUAAUCGUCUAAAACUGAGAACAUCUUCGCUAUGCCGAUCAUUUUAUUUCAUAUCUCUUAAAGUAUUACUCGUACUCAUCAUAAACGCAACUGUAAUAAUCGCUCGUCGUAUUAUGAAGGAAAUACAAUACCAAAAAAAAAGAAGACGUCUUGUAUAUGUAGAAAACAACACUUUUCUAACUUUGUAACCAUUCACUAAAAAUAGUCCGUUGCUAGUUUAUCUGUGUAAACACAAGAAAUUUUCCAUAGGCACUAUAAUUACCACGAACCGGAUAAUAUAUAUAUCGAUAGAUUUUCUUUCAACUAAACAAAUGUUAACAAUAACUUUACGGCGUUUUCGCAAUGUUGAAACAUUUAUAAUGAAUAUUCCAAGAACACAAAACCAAGGUUCAACUAAUUAAGUCACGAAUGAUAAAGAAAAAAAUAUCAAUGUUCAAAAUACCUGAAAACAUAACACGUUACUGUGUGACAGAGAAACCAUAUAUUUAGAUAAUAUUUUCAGAUUCUGCCUCCCAAAUCGAUCGGCAGAACUGCAUUAGAUAAAAAUUAAAUUAUUUAUAACGAUCGACAACACAGGAAUUCAUAAAGUUAUAUACGAAACAAUUCGUGUUACAUUAUAUAUGAUAUAAAAAAUCAUAAAUCAUGUUUGCUGUUAUGUAACAA